UCCUGCAGCUCAGUGUCUCCUGCAGCUCAGUGUCUCCUGCAGCUCAGUGUCUCCUGCAGCUCAGUGUCUCCUGCAGCUCAGUGUCUCCUGCAGCUGAAUCCUGUUGAAGCAGCGAUGGAUCGUGGGUGUUGGUGGAAAAACGCAGAAAUGAUCCUCUCAACAGUUUGACCUGAAGAGAAACCGCACAGGCUUUGAGCCACUCCAGGGCUGCAGAUGGAGAAUGGAGACCUGGGUCACAUGAUGGGGGCGCCAGUGACUCUGAAUGUCGGCGGUUGUGUGUACAGCGUGUCUGUGUCCACGCUGCAGCGUUAUCCAGACUCCAUGUUGGGAGCCAUGUUCAGAGGAGACUUCCCCACAGUGAAGGACUCACAUGGAAACUAUUUCAUCGACCGGGACGGUCCACUGUUUCGCUACAUCCUCAACUUCCUGCGGACAUCAGAGCUUACGCUACCGUGUGAUUUCAAGGAGACGGAGCUGCUCAGGAAGGAGGCAGACUUCUAUCAGAUUGAGCCCCUGAUCCAGUGCCUGGGAGACCCCAAACCCAUGCUGCUCUACCCCACUGACACUUAUGAGGAGGUGGUUGAACUGUCCAGUACCAGGAAACUGUCUAAAUACUCAAACCCAGUUGCAGUUAUCAUCACCCAACUCACCAUCACCACCAAGGUCCAUGCAGUGUUGCAGUCCAUCUCCAGCAGUUUCACAAAGUGGAACAAACACAUGAUGGACACCAGAGACUACCAGGUGUCCUUCACCUUCGGCCCAUGUGACCACCAACAGGAAGUGAGCCUGCGAGUCCACCUGCUCGACUUCAUCUCCAAAAGUGGUUUCACUAUACGCAACACGCGUGUUCACCACAUGAGUGAACGAGCCAAUGAAAACACAGUGGAACACAAUUGGACGUUCUGCCGACGAACUCGGAAAGUUAGUGACUGACGGAUUAACCACAUGGAUGGACUGGACGUUACCAUGGUGUCCUCAGAUAAACAGAGAUUUGUUGGUGAUGGUGGUUUUGUUGAUAUGUGAUGUUUUGCAUGAUGUGUGUUGUUUUUGAGUAGUUUCCUCAGUCUACUCAGAAGAGUAACUGUCAGGCUAGCCAUUAGCCGCUUUUGUUAAUUAUUGUCAAGUUUAAACAUGCAUUUAAUUUG